GAGGGACUGAGGGAGGCAGAGAUGACGGGGGAGAGGCCGGGGCGGAGUUAGAAGGAGCCUUCUGGAUCCUCGAGCCAGCCUGGCCGGCGCGGAGCCUGCAGGAAUGGGGGCCUGACGCUGGAGCAGCCGGAUCCAGGAGGAUCCUGGCCUUUGGGGAAGAGCAAAGCUGACCUCCUAGGGCCAGGGAGGCCAGCUGGAGCCCAUCACCCUGAUCCCUGGCUAGCCCAGGCCAGCUGGGGCUGACGGGGGCCAUGGCAGGCACCCCACUCCUGCAUGGGGAGUUUGGCUCCUAUCCAGCCAGAGGCCCCCGCUUUGCAUUGACACUCACCCCAGUGGCCUUGCAUGUGCAGCGGCUGCGCCCUAGACCAGAAGCCUGGCCCCAGGGUGGCCUAGUCCCUCUGGCUGAGGUCUCUGGUUGUCGGACCUUACGCAGCUGCUCCCCUAGCGACUCUGCUGCUUACCUGUGUGUCUACACUUACCCACGGGGCCGGAGGGGUGGCCGUCGGCGGGCGGCUCGGACCUUCCGGGCUGACCGGGCCCCUGACUACAAGGAGAAUCACGCAGAGGCCCAGCGAUGGGCCACUGCUCUCACCUGUCUACUUCGAGGGGUGCCCUUGCCUGGGGACCUUGAGAUCACUCCCGAGCUCCUGCCCCGGCCCCCUCGGCUGCUGCUAUUGGUCAAUCCCUUUGGGGGGCGGGGCCUAGCCUGGCAGUGGUGUAAGAACCACGUGCUGCCCAUGAUUUCUGAAGCAGGACUCUCCUUCAACCUCAUCCAGACAGAGCGACAGAAUCAUGCCAGGGAGCUGGUGCAGGGGCUGCGUCUGAGCGAGUGGGAUGGCAUUGUCACCGUCUCGGGAGACGGCCUGUUGUACGAGGUGGUGAAUGGGCUCCUGGCGCGGCCCGACUGGGAAGAAGCUGUGAAGAUUCCCGUGGGAGUCCUGCCCUGUGGCUCCGGCAAUGCUCUGGCUGGAGCAGUCAACCAGCAUGGGGGAUUUGAGCCGGCGCUGGGCCUAGAUCUGCUGCUGAAUUGUUCCCUGCUCAUGUGCCGGGGUGGGGGUUCCCCACUGGACCUGCUCUCUGUGACCUUGGCCUCUGGAGCCCGCUGUUUCUCUCUCCUCUCGGUGGCCUGGGGCUUCGUGUCUGACGUGGACAUUCAGAGUGAGCGAUUCCGGGUCCUGGGCCCUGCCCGAUUCACCCUGGGCACGGUCCUUCGGCUGGCUUCCCUACAUGUCUACCCAGGCCGCCUCUCCUACCUCCCAGCCUCUUCCUCAGCCUCCAAUGGCCCCCCAACUCUGUCCCAGCCUCUGCCCCGAGCGGCAUCAGAACUAGCCCUGGUCCCCACUCCAGCUUCAGCCCCUUCCCAAGAAACUCACUCACCCUUACACCGCUCAGUGUCUGACCUGCCCCUGGCCCGAGGUGCAGAAUUCUCCACAGAGCCCCAACCUGAGCCCUCCCCUUCCCCACCUCAUUCCCCAGGGCCCUGCCUCCUAACCCCUGACCCUCCCCUCAACCCUGGGCCUGGCUCAGAUCCAGCCUCCAACUCCUCCUCAGCCUUCAGCAACUUGAUGGAGAGAGUUCUUCAGAGUUCAGAGCCCUCAGUCUCCUGUAACCCUGGGGUCCAUUCUGACCCUCCAGUCUCCCGAAGUCCCAUGAUGGCUUCUGAUCUGGAAGCCUCCCCUUGCCUCCCAGCAUCCUUAGACAUUCCAUGCUCCCCUGACCUUCCAGCCUCUCAGGCCCCAUCAGCCUUCCUUGGUGUUUCCCCCUCCUCCAAACUUGCAGGCUCUGAAGAUCCUGGGGAACUUCUGACCCCCAGUCUCUCUUCCUCCCCUCCCUGCCCAGACCCUGGGGAGGCUCCUGCUUCCCCAUUAGCCUCCUCCAAGCUCUCUCCUUCCCCUGACUCACAGGCCUCCCUGGAGCCUGGGGCAUCUCCCGUUUUGGGGUCACCAGCCCCUGGGCCCCAGCAUGGCCCCAAGGACGACCUGUUGCCUCCCCUGGGCUCUCCACUGCCUCCAGGCUGGGUGACCAUGGAGGGCGACUUUGUGCUCAUCCUGGCUCAGUCACCGAGCCACCUGUGUGCCGACCUGGUGGCCGUCCCCAAUGCCCGGUUUGGGGAUGGGCUGGUGCACCUAUGCUGGGUGCGAGGAGGGGUUUCCAGGGCUUCCUUGCUCCGGCUCUUUUUGGCCAUGGAGAGGGGGAGCCACUUUGGCCUGGGCUGUCCCCAGCUAGGCUACGCUACAGCUCGCGCCUUUCGCCUAGAACCCCUCACCCACCACGGAAUCCUCACAGUAGAUGGGGAACAGGUGGAGUAUGGGCCUCUUCAGGCCCAGAUCCACCCUGGCCUGGGGACCCUGCUCACAGGUCCUGAGGCCCGAGAACCCCAGCUGGCCGGGGGAGAGUCCUGGGGGCCCAAGUGUGGGGCAGUCCCUUGGGGAGGAGGCAAAGCCUAGCCUGCUACACUCCCCAGGCCGGCUGGAGGAAGAAAGCCCAACAUCCAGGCCCAGAAUCAGCUCUGGGCCUGCUUGCUUGGGGGAAGGCAGCAUCUCCACAGAUUCCCUGUCCUGGGCCACGGCCUGGGGCGCUGCUGGAGGCUAGAGCGGAGCUUCUCUGGCCACAGGCCUGCUCCUCUCUCUCACCUCAGGGGACGAGGCUGGUCACCCAGGGCCAGUCUCCACAUAGGGACCAGGGCUGGAGAUGGGAUCUCCAGCACAAGGGGGCCAAGAGUGAGCUGGACCUCCUGAGGGUAGAGCCUCCCCCUCCUCAGCCCCAUGAUGGGCCCCAGAGGGCAGGACUGUCUUCUCUGGGCCCCCAGAUAGGGGCUGCCCCUUCUGCCUCCUUUGCUCCUGGUGAGCAUCCCCCCUUUUCUUUUGCACUAGGAUCCUCUCCCUGAGAGUAGGGGGUGCUGGGGCCCCCUGCCUCAGUUUCCCUCCCCUCCCCCCGCAGUCUUCAAGGCGAUAGCCUCUAUGCAAUAAAGGAUAACAACGCUUGCUUCA